AAGAGUAAAGCUUAUAUCAAAGAAACAAUACCAUUUAGUUUACUGGCAGUUUUGGAAGCUGUCAGAGUUAUUUUUAAAUAUAUAAAAUGGCGCAAGAAGUGGCCAGAGUUGCAAGACGGCUGGAAGAGGCAAAAGAGACUCAAUUUUUAGAAUUGUUUACUCAUGGAGUGAACUGCCAGAAAAAGUUGUUUUGGCUCAAACAACAGAUACCUUCAAAACCAGACUAGACCAUCACUGGAAUGUUAUGAACAGAUAUGGGACUCAAGAGGCCUACUGUCUAACUCCCAUACAAGAUAUCUUUCCAAGUGUGAGCUUAUGAAGAUACCAGAUGCAGCCUACUUUAUGUUGAAGGACAGUGUUAUAAACAAAUGUGAUCUCAGUGGAAACAAUAUUAAGAGGAUACCAACCAAAUUUUGUACAAAGUUUACAGAUUUAACAGAGCUUCAGCUACAAGAUAAUAACUUGUCUAGUCUUCCUGAAGAAGUGAGAGAUAUGGAGCAGUUACAAGUUUUAGAUAUAUCAAACAAUAAAUUUGAAAGUCUUCCCGUAAUCUAUGAUUCUCCAAAAUUAAACACAGUCUCUGCCAAAGGCAACAAAAUCACAGACAUUGACUUAGAAAGGUUGAGAAAGAUGUCAUCUUUAAGAGAAUUAGAUCUGCAAGAUAAUCCUUUACCAGAGGAAACUCAAGGAAGGCUGAGAGAUAUUGACAUGUUUACAGUUCAUAUAGGUGAUUCUGAUCCUGUAGGCAAAGAAUUAGAAGAAGUGGAAUAAAAAUCAAAACUUUUGAACCAUGUGAUAUUUUUAUAUGUAAGAUAUUUUUACAUAUCAAUAGUAUUUAAGUAAAAUACAAAAAAAAGAUGUUUGACAUACUAUGAACUAUUUAUUUUUCCUAGUAGUUGUAAAACUGUCUCCAUAUUUAUACCAAUGACUUUCAUACAUUUAUGACAUUUAGUAAAUUUCCCUAAAAAGCCAACUCACUUUCCUAUUUGAUUAUUGUUGUAAUAUGUUGAUAUAGUUAAAAGUUAUAUUUAUUUGUAUAUUUGUCAAAUCAUAUUUGAUAGGGAUGGAAGUGAAAAAAAAGGUGGAGAUAAAAUUGUUCAAAAAGGUUGUUCAAUUUCAGUAUGACUUUACAAUAUAAUGAAUAAGCUGCUUUUGCCACAGUAAUCUAUGGAAGCACAGAAGGGACACUUUGAUUUUAUUUUAUUUUCCUAUCUGGUUGCAACAAGAUAUAACUCAGAAAAAAACAAAAAACAAAAAUUUGCUAUCUCGUUCCCAUGAGAUAUAUCUCAGAAAAAAUAAAAAAAACAAAAUUUGCUAUCUCAUGGCCAGGAGGUAUAACUCAGAAAAUUUUUUUUUGCUAUCUUGUGGCCACGAGUUAUAACUCGAAAAAAGAACAAAAAUUUGCUAUCUCGUUCCCAUGAGAUAUAACUCAGAACAAAACACAAAAUUUGCUCUCUCGUGGAAAAUCAAAUCAAAUCGGAAUGUCCCCUCUGUGCUUCCUUAGUAAUCUUGCUGUGUUGUGUUACAUUUAUCUCUUUAUAUUGUCCUGUCUAUAAGAAUAAGACUAGCUGACCCAGAAAGAGAAUGAUACUGAUUGAUAUAAAGUUAGUGUAAUAAAUAACAUUUUUAAUAUAUUUCAUUUGUAGGUAUUAAUAAGCGGAAAUAUAUUUAAAAUGUCAAUUAAAA